AUGAAGCGCAAUCAAUGGGGAGGUUUUAAAGAUGGUUCUGAAGUGCGCAGGGAAGUUGGAUCAAAUGAAAUCGUUCUAACAUUGAGCAAAUUGGACAAAUUCCAGCAAAUAAAGCUUCCCUAUACAAUUACUCGAGAAAAACGCGUUCCACUAAAAAAUCCACUUGUCACGCAAACAGUUGAAGUAAUGAAACAAACCGAAAUGAUUCAGACUCUCAUAGACACGUAUUCAACCAAGUCCGGUUGCAACUACAUCCUGAAUCCCUGUCAACUAAUGCCAACAGUCCAUUUUCCUUCGAGCAAUGUGGUAGAUUUGACAUGGACGGAAAAAAUAAUGCGCCCACUGUGGUUCGUAGCUCCCGCAAGCAGCGCAUUUACGCGAGGGGACUCGAAAAAUUACGUCAAACUCUCAAAACCGGUGGUAUUGCAAGCCUUGCGCAAGGCAGCCUGCGGCCUCCUGUGCAUGGAGGGAUUCUCCGAGAUUAAUGAUUCUGCGUUGAUUAUGAUUGUCGAUGGGUUGGAUCAAUAUUUACGCCUAUUAACGAAGUCGUUGCGGACGACACUGAUCGGGCAGAACGAAGAGAUUAGCUCGACGCCGACCGUGUUGAUGGUCGAGCAGAUGUUUUACAGUAUCGGGCGUAGUUCCGUCUGCGAGUUGCACAAUUACUUCAAACGGUUGAUGAAGAAAAACCGUGACGAAGUGCGCGAAUUCAAGGAUAUCUACCAGGAGUACGAUCGCUUGCUGCAAGAAAACCAACUGUCGGUACAAAACAUGCAAAAGCUGGGCGACCUGAAGGAAGAGGAUUAUAUGAACUUUCUGGAUACGCAAUCGCAUUCCUCCAAUGGGACCACCAUGGAUGGUACAACGAUGAAUAUUAUAAAUUUCAUCAAUGGCGAAACAGUGAACGGAUUCAAGGACAUUCUUGAGGGUGAAUUGCUAGAAACGAGCAGCACGCAGGAUUCGUCGGAUCAGGCCCAUAGUCAACAUUUUUAUCAAUCGGAAUCCUCUUCCCAAGGAUUCGUCCCGUCUGGCCAAGUAUAGCAGUUUACCGACAGUAGCAGUGAAGAACCAACACUUGACUACCAUCUGUGAACGAAAUCUGUUAAUUAUUUGCAAUUUUAACCGCUUGAUCGCCCACAGUUUUAGAAAUAAUGCUCUCCAAUAGACUGAAUAAUGGCACCUCGAAAGCGAUUUUCAUCCUGUAUUGACAAUUAAUAGCAAAUAAUGGGCAACGAGCUUAUUGUAUAACACGCUUUUUGUUAAAGCAUUUCAUUUAUUGAAACCAAACAAUGUUACAAUCAUUUGCUUAUUUUCGAGCUUCUGUUGUACGCGUACCGGCCAAAUCUAUAGGUAUGCCAAUUCUGUCCAAGGGAGUAUGGUAAAUGCAAUGGCAUCUGUUUCUUCAUUCAUGAAGUCAGUAGCAGAUGUUACAAACAAAAUAUUACAGCAAUAUUUGUGCGAUUUACACUGGACCAGACAAUUUGUUGUCAUUUCGAUUAUUUGAUCGCUUGAUGAAUUGUGCCGUAAGCUAGCAAUACAGGCUUGCGAUGGAUAGCCGUAAGUUUUAUGUCUGUAACCUACGUUUCUGUUUAUUUAUCUAGCCGUAAUAGCCGUAAGUUGUAUGUCUGUAAACUAAGUUUCUGUUUAUUUUACUUUCGCGAGUCUUUUCACGCGGUUCGGCAAAUGCUGCAUAUAAUUGUACAUAUCAUACGCUUGGUAAGCUUAUUUUCAGCCAGCUUUACCGCGAUUUGAGUGUUUGUUUUUGUGUCAGUAUAGCGAUAAUAUAUAUUAUUAAUUCUUACGAUUUAGCUAUGCCUUCGAGCCCGUUCGAUCACAUGAAAUACACGUCUAUUUAUAUGCAUAAUGAUUUUGGCGUUCAAUGGUUC